AAACGGACAAUGCAAAGGACCAAAUCCAACAAGAGAGAAGUAGAAGGGAAGAGGAGCGAAGGGGGUUUUUAAGUCUAAGGUCUGACUUUUCAUGUUUCCUCUCUUCUUCCUUCCUUUGUGCCGCUGCUGCAUGGAAACGUGAUCUCCCGAUCCCCAACUACGUCCUUCCUCCUGCCCUUUUUGACGCAAAGGCAGAGCGAGAGAGAGAGAAGGAGCGACGGCGGCGGCUUCCAUCCUCGCGAGGUUGUACACUUUCAGGGGACCGUCAAAAUUCUUGCUGUGCAAUGAUUGAUAUGUGUUGAUAAAACAAAUAUGGCAAAUCAAUAUGCUAAAGUUAAAAGAAGCCUACUUGCGGAGUGUUUGACUUGUCCUCUUUGUUUGAAUCUUUUGAGGGAUGCGACAACAAUUUGUGUAUGCCUUCACACAUUUUGCAGAGAAUGUAUAUAUCAAAAGCUUGAGGAGGAUGAGACAUAUUCUUGCCCGAUAUGCAAUGUUUACCUAGGUUGCAUGGCUCGAGAAAAGCUAAGGCCUGACAAUAAUCUACAAGAUGUUAGAAUGAAAAUAUUUCCUUUGAAGAAAUUGAAAGAAAUAGAUGUUGGGCCUAUCCCAACUGGCCCAUCUAGGAGGAAGGAGAGGUCAUUAUCAUCAAUUGUCAUCAGCACUGAUCCUAUAUCAACGACCGGACAUGCAAGCAAAGCAAAAAUUGCAGCACGGAAAGCAGGUAUAUCACGUGGAGGUGGUAACAAAAAUCAUGGCGAUAAAGAUUUCUCAGAUGUAGACAAAGGUGAUGCAUUUGACCAACCAUAUAAGCUCUCUAUGCCAUCAAAAAGAAAGCGUAUCACCAUUGAAGAUGAAGCAGUUAAUAUUUCAGAAUGUGGUGUUGAACCUCCAAUCCAGGAUUCAUUUUCAAAAUCUGCCAAUGACACAAACUGGGACAAGCUAAAUUUUCUCGCAGAAACUGCAGACAAAACUAAAGUGGAGGACUCAAGUGCACAUUUUAUAGAAGGCAAAGAACCUGGCAAGUCUUCCUCAAACAUAAACAGAAGGUUCAGGAAAAGAGGCAAUGGAUCUGCCGCUGCAGUGCAAAAGAAAGAAUCUAAUAAAGUCAUGGAAGAGAGAUGUAAAAGUGAUGUAAAUGACACUGACAAGGUCUCUAGAACAAGAAAACCCAGAAAAAAUGGAGUCCAAGUGAAUGGGUUUUCUGAGAAAUUAACGAACCAUUUAAGGCCCGUGUGGUUUGCAUUAUUUGCUCGUGAAGACCAAUCUGGAGCUUCUUUCCCUCAGAUUCCAAAGUGUUAUAUCAGAAUAAAGGACGGAAAUAUACCUGUGUCAUAUGUUAAGCAGUAUCUUGUGCAGAAGCUCAAUUUAAAACAUGAAUCUGAGGUGGAGGUUACAUGCUGUGGCCAUUCUGUGGGCCCAAGCUUUCCUCUGCAUGAUGUAGUUGAUAUUUGGGUAAGGAAUCUGACUGGUGGAGGUGAGGCUAUUCGUACACUUAAAAAGGACGACAAGGGCUGUGACGUGCCAGACUAUGUCAUGGUAUUGAAUUACAGCAGGAAGCCUGCGUAAGUGAGCAAGACAUAUUUUCCUGUUAUUCUUGAGAUCUAUCAUGUUGCUGAUGCCCACGUUGUAUAUAUGCUCGAGGAAUCAUGAAUACAUAAUUUUAUCAUCUCUUCUUUUCCAGUACUUGGACUUUCUAAGAGCCUCGGCUCAUUGAAAGCUACUUCCCUGUAACAGUACCAAGCUCCUCUUGUUUUUAGCCA